UGAAGGAGAGGGAAAGGGAGGGAGGAGUCGCGGCUGGCAUCCAGGAGGGCACUGCACUCGAGUGCCAGCUGGAUCCGUGGGAGCACAGACCGGGCAGAUUCCUCCCAGGAGCUCCUUGUGGGCCACAGGGUGGGACCCCAAGGCUGUAAGGGGCACAGCAGGCAGCACGGAAAUGAUCACCCAGCCAGGAUUGCUAGGACGCUAGGGCCACGGGCAGCACGGUUCCUUCCCUGGGACCGCCUCCCACAAGCCAAGAACGGCACGCCGCAGCCCGCCCGUGUGGACGGAGGUAGGAGGGGGUGUGGACGGAGGGCUCCGGGUUAAAGGUCCCUGUUCUGCAGCAACUUUUUGCCUCGAGAAGAUGGCUUUUACAAGGAAACGGACAAAGAGUCCCAAGCCAAGAAGGGAGCAAAGAUCCCCUGAGGCCUCGCCAAGCUGCUGUGCUGAGCGGAAUCUCAGGAGGCAAAUUUGAAUGGGGACAAACUGUGCAAAGCCAGUGACCUGAGACCAGCAGUGGAGACGCCUGACUCAGCACCAGUGGGGACACUGGAGCAAUAUCUACACCAGUGUUCGACCAAACACCUGGGCACCGUAGCUCAGCCCCACUGACCCGUCGACGGAACCACCCCAGCUGCGUCAACCCAAGGAGAGGCCAACGGCCAGGCAAGACUGGAUGGUAGAAGGCGAGGGGGAAAGCCAUGAGAAGCUCACUUCCCCACACUGUGAACAGCAGAGCGGUGACGGCACCCCUCCCCCCACCAGUGCACCUAGGCCCUCUGCUGGGUGCUGGGGAGCUACAGCACGCCCACGUCACCGUAAAGUGAGCCCAACAGCACCAGCAGCCAAGUGCACAGAGCCAGGGCCCACUGGGCCAGCCUUGCCUCUGGCAAACCCUGGUGCCCUCCUCCCGCCCGGGCGAGGCCCGCGGCCCUGGGCAGUCUCCAGGUGCAGAGCCCCGACUCGGGCUGCACCCAUCCCGUUGCCCCGGGGCAUGUCUCUACUCGCCAAUUAUGAGGGGCUCCGGCAUCAGAUCGAGAGGCUGGUGAGGGAGAAUGAGGAGCUAAAGAAGCUGGUGCGGCUCAUUCGGGAGAAUCACGAGCUCAAGUCGGCGAUCAAGACGCAGGCGGGCGGCCUGGGCAUCAGCGGCUUCAGCACCGGGUUCGGCCAGAUGGCGGCCACUCCUCAACACCAGGGAAACUGUGUCUUCCUGCCCCCGUCCCCGGCAGCAGCACACGAGCCUGUCCUGGAAGAAGUGGGCGUUGUGGAUCUGGCACCCCUGGCCGACAUGCUAAACAGCCCGCAGCCCGGCCCCACGGCAGGCCCCAUCGUGAGCCCCCUGACGGGCCCCCUCAGCACCUUGCUGCCCGGUCCAGGGCCCAUGUCACAGAGCGGCCUGUUCUCCAGCAUCCUGACCGGCCCCCUGACUCCGAGCAGCCCCCUGGCCAGGCCCCUGGCAGUGGCCCCAGGAGGCACACUGGGCAGCUCCAUGGGCACGGUCUCCACCGGCCCUCUGACUCCGAGCAGCACCCUGGCCGGCCUCAUGGCAGUGUCCCCAAGAGGCACACUGGGAAGCUCCAUGGGCCUGCCCUCCACCGGCCCCCCGACUCCGAGCAGCCCCCUGGCCGGGCCCCUGGCAGUGGCCCCAGGAGGCAUACUGGGCAGCUCCAUGGGCACGGCCUCCACCGGCCCCCUGACCCCAAGCAGCCCCCUGAUGGCACCGACGACAGGCACAGUGGCCAUCUCUCUGAGCAGCCCUCUGCUCACCUCCACAGCGGCCCCUCUAGGUGUUUCUCAGAACCUUGUGGCCAACCCCGUGAGCAAUCUGGUGCUGCCGGGGGCCCAGAGGGUGCGGCUGACAGAGCCGUUCCGAGGAUGCCCAUCUGGACCCCAUCCCUCCGCUGGAGCAGGGCCUGCCGGCACCACCAAAGUCCCAAUGUCCGCUGAGCACCCACAGCCGACCCAGGACCUGGAGCCUCUCGGCGUGACAUUUGUGGGCGUGCCCUUGCACACCUCUACCCCCAUGGAGACCAAGGGCGCAGCUGGCCCCGGGACGGCCUUCUCCUUCAGCACCUCGGACGCCCGGGCCCAGCCCGGUGCCCCCCAGGGACAAGCAGUUCCUGCCCCUGCCCCUGUCACCCCUACUGCCGCCCCCCAAGCUACCACCGACUACGCCUCCCCCGGCACCACCCACGUUGCCCAGUGCCCCCCCCCCGCCCCCAGGGGGGCCCCCCCCCCCCCCACCCAGCCCUCAUCCACCCCCCACUCCCCUCCUCGAAAUCCCCAUUCCCCACCUCGAACCUCGUCCUCCCCGGCGUCAGUCAACGACCCCCGGGGUCCACGCGGCACAGAAACAUCUCGGAAAAGCAUGGUGGAGUUGGAACGGAAGCUGGCCCACCGGAAGAUCAGCAAGUUUCCGGACAGCCCCCGAGAGUCGAGGCAGCUGGCCUGGGAGCGGCUGGUGGGGGAGAUCGCCUUCCAGCUGGACCGCAGGAUCCUGUCCAGUAUCUUCCCCGAGCGCGUGCGCCUGUACGGCUUCACCGUCUCCAACAUCCCAGAGAAGAUCAUCCAGGCCUCCCUGAACCCCAGCGACCACAAGCUGGAUGAAGAGCUGUGCCAGACACUCACGCAGCGCUACGUAAGCAUCAUGAACAGGCUGCAGAGCCUGGGCUACGACGGGCGGGUGCACCCGGCGCUCACCGAGCAGCUGGUGAACGCCUACGGGAUCCUGCGUGAGAGGCCAGAGCUGGCCGCGUCCGAGGGCGGCUCCUACACCGUGGACUUCCUGCAGCGCGUGCUGGUGGAGACCGUGCACCCCAGCAUGCUCACCGAUGCCCUGCUGCUGCUCUCCUGCCUCAACCAGCUGGCGCAUGACGAUGGCAAGCCUAUGUUCAUCUGGUGAUGCCGGCUCCUGCCAGCCAGGCCCGCUCUGGCCCGCUCCCCGGUGCCAGGCCAUUAAAGCUUCCCACACACGCUA